AUGCCCAGUAUCAGGUGCCGCAACUGGCAUGUGUUGUUCAACAUCACAAUCAUCGCUGCCUCAGCCACAUACGGUUGUGUCGCGGUCCAAAAAAUCAUCGGUACUGGAAGUUUACUGGUCCAGGUGCUUCGACGAGCUGGCUCCACUUCAAAGCUUCCCACGAGUGUCACGGUUAUCGACAUCGACUACCCGUCUCAAGAUACACUACGACCCGCUUUCGAAGGCCAGGAUGCAGUUCUGUCCUUGGUUCCAACCUUAACAACAGAGUCGCAGAUUACCUUCAUCGAUGCAGCUGCCUCGGCUGUUAUACGCCGCUUAUUCCCUCAGAAUACAGUCAAGGUCCAAGAACAUAUGCUCAAGACAGCGAGAGCCACGAGGCUCAACUACACAAUCAUCUAUAACGGCGCGUGGCUAGAUGCCGGGGCGUUCAGUUUCUUCGUCAACUUCUCCGAUACCACAACCAACAUACACGACGGUGGAAACGUACCCAUCAGCAUCUCAACACUCGACACCAUCGCAGAUGCCCUUGUUGGUGUCGUUGAUCAUCCGGAGGAGACGGAGAAUCGAUCUGCCUACGUCCACGACAUGGUCACGAUGCAGGAUCAUCUUCUAUCUGUCGCUAAACGAGUGAACCCGAUGAAAGAGUGGAAGACGCAGGAUUUCAACCCCGACGACCUGACUGCAAGAUAUAAUGUAGGACUCGCUAAGGGACUGCUGAAUAUGGAGGCCUUUUUGUCUGUGUACGACGGGACGUAUAAUGAGUUGCUACGAAGCAGAGGAAAGACGGAUGACGAUCUGGUGGAGAUCUUGAAACAUAUACUUCUGAGAGGACCUUGA